AUGCCUCUCAGCAGAGUGUCGCUGGGCUUCCUCGGCCUGUUCUUCAUGGCCGGCGCCAUCCUACUGAUCUUCCUCACAUUGCUGGGUGGCGCUCGCAAUUCCACUCCUCUCAAUGAGAUCUACUUCCUGCAGGCCGAUACGAGCAAUAUCCCCGGAGCUCCAGCUCUCUCGCGAUGGACAUUCUGGAACGUGUGCAGUGUCACAGCGAAUGGCAAGAGUGACUGCGGUUCCUCGCACCCCGACUUCCCGCUCGAUCCCCCUCGCGCCAACAACUUCAACACUACAGUCAAUGUGCCUCAUCAGUUCAUCGGUACCAAGCACUACUACUUGAUGACCCGGUUCAUGUUCCCAUUCAUCAUCAUCGGGCUGUUCUUCGCCGUGUGCUCUCUCUUCAGCGGACUUCUGGCCCUGUGCACCCGCAUUGGUAGCUACAUCUCAGGCUUCCUCGCUUGGCUCGCAUUGACCUUCCAGGUCAUCACCACCUGCCUUAUGACCGCUGCCUUCGUUCAAGGCCGCCACGCCUUUAGCAGUAACGGCCAGGUUUCUAAGCUCGGUGUCAAAGCGUUCGCUUUCAUGUGGACCGCCAGCGCAUGUCUAUUCUUGUCCUGCUUGCUCUACUGCCUUGGUGGUGCCGUCGGCCGCAAAGACCCCGGGUACACUGGACGUAAGCAGCGCCGCCGUGGCUUCUUCAACUCUGCUCGCUCGAACAGCGUGAAAAGCCAGAAGAAGGAGCAGCAGGAGUCCAGCACCCAGCAGUACGCUUAA